CUCAUUGUCUGUCUUAACACACACACUGCAUUUCUCUCUCCUCUCUCUCUCUCUCUAGCUGUGUGUGUCAUGCUGACACUGAAUUAUUAAUCAAAAGUGAUUUUUUCGAGAAAAACAGAAAAAAAAGGAUUGUCUUGCAGCAUGGGCAGGCAUUCUUGCUGUUACAAGCAGAAAUUGAGAAAAGGGCUUUGGUCGCCAGAGGAAGAUGAGAAGCUCAUAAAGCACAUCAACAAAUACGGCCAUGGCUGCUGGAGCUCUGUCCCCAAACUAGCUGGGCUUCAGAGAUGCGGGAAGAGCUGCAGAUUGAGAUGGAUCAAUUACCUCAGGCCUGAUUUGAAAAGAGGGACAUUUUCCACUGAGGAAGAGGAUUUGAUCAUCGAAUUGCAUUCAGUUCUUGGAAACAGGUGGUCUCAAAUUGCUGCCCAGCUCCCUGGCAGAACCGACAAUGAAAUCAAGAAUCUCUGGAACUCAUCCAUCAAGAAGAAGCUCAGGCAGAAAGGGAUCGACCCCAACACCCACAAACCCCUCCAAAAUAAUUCCAUUAACGACCAACAAAAUUCCCCCAACUGUAAGAACAAUGAAAAGCCAUCGGAACCUGCUUCCAGCGACCUCAGCGCCGCCGCCCUCGACAACUCCGAUCAUCGGAGUUCAUUCGCCCUGCCGGAAAAUUACCAAAAUCACUCUCACCUGGAAAACUCCGGCAGCCCCAAUUCCACCCAAGAACUCCUCCUCAGUAGAUUUGUCGCCGCCGCCGCCGGCAAGCCGCCGUGUGAUCUGUCGGGAUUUCUUUCCUUCCAGCAACCAAACAUCGGACUGGGUAUGAAUUCCAACGCCGCCGGUCUUUACUUCCCCAAGAAUUCUGACAUCAGCAACAGCGGCGACUUCGGACACCACUUCACUGCCGCCACUUCCAUUGCCAGCCUGUCGGCGGCUCCAAUUCUGGCACAAAUGAAACCGCCGCCGCAGGCGGCGGUGGCUGCCGACAACCACCCAAUCAAUCCUUUCUCUGUAAAAUUCGAGAAUUGGGAUACCGGCGGCGGCGGCGGCGGCGGUGGCCGGUUAAAUAAUGUAAGCAGUGAGAUUCAAAGCAGCAGCUACCCCUUCGAAAGCGCCGCCGCCGCGUUUCCAUGGCCGGCGGCGGCGGACUGCGGAAAGUCCGAUCAGAAAGAAGAAGACAUAAUCAAGUGGAACGACUACCUGCAGUCCCCAUUUCUGCUCGCAAGCUCUUCCAUUUCCAUCCACAAUCCAAUCGGCGGCGCCGGCGAUCAUAUUUACGGCGGCGAGAGUAAACCUCCGGCGGCGCAGUUUACAACGGCGGUAGAUCACGGAUCAUUAGCCAUAUCCAAUUGGCAGACAAGCAAUCCGGCAGCCACUUUCGGACAAUUUUCAUAGUCCGAUGAACGACUCCAUCUUCAACCUUGAAUUCUUGUUUCAGCAAGCAAACUGUACGUGUGCCUAUACAGAUUGAUUAGUACUCUUUAUUCUUAAUCUGUAAAUAUCGGGGGACCGACUAUACUAAAAUUAAUUAAUUUUCUCAGUUUUUAUUUGAUACCGACAUUUUUAGGUAACCAGGAAUAUUAUUGCUCCUGUUUCAUUACCUCUUUUCACCUUCAAUUUAUUUUUAUUUGCUCACGCAAUUUACAGGUUGUAAGAAUUCGAGGCAAUAAUUAUAUA